AUGCCUUUUCUGCCGUUCUUGAAAAAAAAGAAGUCACCUGUGCCUUUAGGCAGGAGCGUCUUCCAAAAACACACCCCACCCAUCCAACAGAACUACCAGGCCUUGCUGGAGACAUGCUUGAAGAACAAAUGCCUGUUCACAGAUGACAACUUCCCUGCUCACAUCAGCUCUAUUGGGACGGGAGCACUGCUAAAGAAACUACCCCAAAAUUUACAGUGGAAGAGGCCACAUGCUUUGCACAGAAGACCAGUAUUUUAUGCUGCAAACAGGAAGCAGCUCGAUCUCUGCCAAGGAUUGGUGGAGAACUGCUGGUUCCUGGCGGCCCUGGAAGCCCUGACGUUCCACCAGGACAUCUUGGCUGCAGUCGUGCCACAAAACCAGAGCUUUGAGAGGAAAUAUGCCGGCAUUUUCCACUUCCGGUUCUGGCACUUCGGUGAAUGGGUUGACGUGGUGGUUGAUGAUCGCCUGCCGGUGAACGAGGCAGGGGAGCUGGUCUUUGUUUCCUCAGUCUAUAAGAAUGUGUUCUGGGGAGCCCUUCUGGAGAAGGCAUAUGCUAAACUCUACGGCUCCUAUGAAGAUCUGCAGAUUGGGCAAGUUUCAGAAGCCUUGGUGGAUUUUACAGGUGGUGUUAAUAUAAGGAUCAAGCUUGCAACAGCUCCUCCUGAUCUGUGGGAUAUCCUGACAAGAGCAACCUACAGCAGAUCUCUCAUGGGCUGUCAGACGUCUUUAGGGGCAACAAAGGUCCUGAAGAAUGGGCUUGUUGCUGGCCAUGCCUACACAGUAACUGGUAUUAGAAAGGUGACCUGUCAACAUGGACCAGAAAACCUAGUGAGACUGAGAAAUCCAUGGGGAAAAAUUGAAUGGAAAGGAGACUGGAGUGACAGCUCUUACAAAUGGGAGCUGCUGAGCCCGAAGGAGAAGAUUUUGCUGAGGACAAAGAAAGAGGAUGGAGAAUUCUGGAUGUCUCUGCGAGAUUUUAAGAUUCAUUUUGUAGAUCUGACGAUCUGUAAAUUAACUCCAGACCUGAUGAGCCAGGAAGAUGGGAAGAAGUGGAUGUACUCCCUGAAGAGUGGGAGAUGGGUUAAAGGAAGUACAGCGGGAGGAAGUCUGGGAUUCUGUAAUGGCAGCUUUUGGAUGAACCCUCAGUACUGGCUGAAUGUUUUACCAGUUGAAGACAGUAAGAAACGCCUGCGUUCCUGCAAUGUGGUUAUAUCCCUGAUGCAGAAACAUAGCAGCAAACACCGGAACCGAGCUCCUCACCUCUUCAUUGGAUUUUUACUUUACAAGUACCAGGAAAGCAACAGAAAGCUGCCCCCAGCUUUCUUCACCCGACAUCAGCCUGUGAACAAGCACCAGGUCUUCCUUGAUGAGCGAGAAGUGACUCAUGAUUUCCACCUGGCACCUGGUGUUUAUGUGAUUGUGCCAUCCACCCUGGAGCCUCAGCAGGAGUCUGAAUUCAUCCUGCGGGUCUUCUCCAGGAAGCAUGUUCUUUGGGAAAUUGGCGGGAACACCAGUUUCACCCUCUCUAAGGAAAUUGUUGAUAGGUAUGAAGGCAAGAUUUGGGAGGACUUCUUCACAAAGCAUUUUGAACAGAAUCCUGAAAUAAAUGCUGUUCAACUUCAGAGGAUCCUGAAUAAUAUAUCUUGGAGAAAUUUCCAGAGUUUUCACCUAAGUUUCAGUCUGGAUGCCUGCCAGGGUAUCUUGGCACUCCUGGAUCUGAAUGCCUCUGGCACACUGAGUAUCCAGGAAUUCAGAGUCCUGUGGAAAAGGCUGCUUUUCUAUUUGGAAGUUUUCCAGAAGAGAGACAGUAGCAGAUCAGGAAAGCUUGACCUUGUGGAACUACAUGCAGCUGUACAGGAGACAGGUAUUUCACUCAGCAAUGAAGUCUGUAAUUUGAUGGCAAUCAGAUAUGGUGACCCUGACUUGAAGAUCAGCUUUGAGAGCUUCAUGUGCUUCAUGCUUCGAGUGGAGAUCAUGGGAGAGGCCUUUCGCAACUUAACACAAGAUGGCAAAGGGAUAUAUCUCCGGGAAUCUGAGUGGAUGAUGAUGACACUGUAUUCCUGA